GGCAGACUGUUCACUAACAAUGCUGCUGGACACCAUCAGAAUGAUCCUUCUUCUUUUCUUCCUUUUUACUGGUGUUUGUCCAGUGACACCCAGUAAGAUAUAUGUCAAUGUCGGGGAGCUAGUGACACUGAAUUGCGGAGUGUGCAAUUAUGAUGCUACUGUUAUUCUCUGGAAAAAGGAGAAUGACCAGAAGACGCUUCUGUACAGCAACAUGUCAACAUCUGAGCAGCAGAAGCUUGGUUUGAUUUUUUUUCAGACACACCUUGUGAUUCUCAAUGCGUCUGUAAACCACCAAGGGAAUUACUCAUGCAGUCCUUCAAGUGGUGCCAUCAGCCAGAUGUGGUUCAACCUAACAGUAUGCUCAAAACAAUCCCAGGAAUGUAACUUCAGGAACACAUACAGUCAAAUAUGUCCCACAAUAGAAAAAUGUGAACCGAGCUGUGAUGAAAAAAAAAUAAUUGCUGAGGGUAUUCCUGAUAUAACCAGCUAUGAACCCAAAUGGAACAAGGAGAACGUAGAGCAUAGAACAUAUAACAACCUGAGUGAAGAAUUACAGGAAAUUGGAGUCUACCGCUGCACCCUUUCAUUCUUGUAUUUUGGUCAAGUAUACAAUGCCUCCUUCAGAGAAGUACUUUUUGUCCCAGGUGCAGUAAAGAGUCAGCCCACCCCUGGAAUCACAGUACCAAGGGACGGUCAAGUGUUUGAAGUAGAACUUGGUGCAACAGUGGUGAUUAGUUGUAGAGCUGUCAUAGAUUCCUGUGAUGAUUCACUGUUCUGGCUGAGAGAAAAUGACUUUGUUGAAAAUAACAACAGCCUUCGGGUUUUCAACAAUAAUACAUGUGAAGAGAAAUCCAGUCAGAUGAAUGCAUCUUUAGUCUUCAGAGGAGUAUUGGAGGAAGAUCUGUAUACAAAUUUUAGCUGUAAACUUGAAAGUGAUGAACUCACUCAGUUUGGCACAAUCACCCUAAGAAAAAAAGUCGGCCCCCCGUAUCUCAUCCUAACUAUGUGCACAGUCUGCAUCGUGGUGCUGAUCACUGUGACCGUUGUUACAUACGUGAAGUUUAGAAUCGAUGUCACGCUUUUCAUGAGAGACAUGUUUGGUUUCAAAGGAUGCCAGACUUACACCUCAGAUGGAAAAAGCUAUGACGCAUUUUUAAUGUGUUACAAAAGCAGCUUUGAUGGAGGACUGAAUGAAGACGACAUAAAAUACCUGAUAAAUACUUUGGAAGAUCAGUUUGGUUACAGUCUCUGUCUUUAUGAUCGAGAUGUUUCACCUGGUCAAGCUGUAGCUGAUGCUGUUUUAGAAUGUGUAGAGCAGAGCCGAGCUGUGAUUCUUGUUCCCAGCUUACCAGAUCCUGAACCAGGAAACAACGUGCUAAGUGCUAUUCAUGCUUUCCUUGUGGAGCAGAAGACUCACUUGAUUUUUAUAAACACGGGGGAGGCAGAGGCGUCCACAUCAGGCUCUUUUCAAGAGGCUUUACAGCUUCUCAGUAAGGAGGGAGAUAGUGUCACCUGGAAAGGGAGGUCAUCCUCCUCUCACUUCUGGAAGCAGCUACGUUAUCACUUAUCAGCCCCACAGCAAGUACCAAAAAUGCAACUUUUACCUCAAGAGUGCUAAAUUGAAACCAGAUUUUAUCUAACCAGUUUAUACUGCAAAUAAUUAAUUCCUACUAAUUGGUGCAAUUUGAAUAUGGUAACAUCAUGCUUAUCUUUUUUCUUCAAAUGAUCUAAUGAAGGACUUGAACUAUAAGAAAAUUAUGUUGGUCAAGCUCAGCAUAAAAUGCUGUCCAGCUUUUAUCAAGUCCACCCCGAUACACAACAUUCUUAUAAAAGCCAUUUAGAUGAGCAAUUUUUUCAAUUGAUUGAAUUAUUUGAUCUAAGCACUGUCACUAUUGGACUAUACAGGGGGGGAAAGCUGUACUGGGGGGAUGCCACAGUCGUUUCUGAUAAAAAAGACUGAACUGGACAGUGGAGCUACCUCAACUUCAUACACAAUAUUUGUAUUGUUUUUUAACUCCAAAUCUUUUUUGUAUAUUGUCAUUUGAAAUUUCAAUAAAUGCUCAAAUACUCUUAAAGAGUUAAAUUAUAAAACGUUUUAUAAAUUAUUGAAAACGAAGGACAAAAUAGAAAUUUCCAUCUCAGCCCACUGCUGAUUUGUGCUGUUUUAAGAAGAUGUUGUAGGCAUUCCAUGAGGCCCCUGAGGGCACCUUGCCUAUGGGCACCAUGUUGAUGACCCCUGAUCUAUGGGAAUCUUGUCCGGGAGAGUAGAAUUAGUAAUAACAUGUUAUUUACACAGGAACAAGAGGAAAAUUAGCAAGAUCCGCUUAGAACCAGCAAAACCAAUUCAGAGUGUGCAAAAGUGAAACAGCAUUAUUGAGUCAGGGAGCACAUAAGACUGGAUAGCAUUUUGCAUGACUGAAUAAAUGUAUGCUUGUUUUUUCUCAACAAAAUUAAUUAUCCUCUUCAGAUAAUACUGCUGCCUAUUUUUCACUAUUUCAUGAUGGAUAUUUUUCACUCUGUUGC